AUGGAGAGCUCGACUACUCCCACCAGCAAGCUGGUAUCCUACCAGGGAGCUGACUAUAAUAUGAUUAAGGAGGGCUUGGCGUAUAUCCUCAACCCACCGGCUCAGGAAGCCGCCUCCAAGGGCACCAGAAGGGAUCUCAAGGACGAAGACGAGAGCCAAUCGGUCUUCUACAACCCAAUCCAACAAUUCAAUCGUGACCUGAGUGUCCUAGCCAUUCGCGCUUUCAGUGAACAUGCGAUGGAUGUGAAGAAACAAAAGGCGGAUCAGAAGUUGAAGAGACGCGCCACAGGCAAUGGUACCAACAAGGGAAAGAAGCGCAAGCGCGAGGGUUCCUCCGACGAACAGGCACCUAACCGGUCAUCUACAGAGGGCGAGAAUGCAGCAAAGCCCGAGACAACCGAGCAGUCUGCGCCAGCUCCCAUCGAGACGUCCGAGUCGACCCCUGCGCCCUCGUUCACAGUCCUUGAUGCCCUCUCCGCGACGGGUCUGCGCGCCCUCCGAUAUGCCUCCGAAUUGCCAGCAGUUUCCAAGGUGGUUGGAAAUGACCUCUCAGAAUCCGCCAUUAAGUCAAUGAGGACGAAUAUCGAGUACAACAAGCUGCAGGACCGUAUCCAGCCGAACCUGGGCGAUGCGCGUGUCUUUAUGUACGGCGCCGCCGGUGAUCCAACCCGCAAAUUCGAUGUGAUCGACCUGGAUCCUUAUGGUACCGCUGCUCCCUUCCUGGAUGCGGCAAUUCAGGGUGUUAAGGAUGGUGGCCUGCUUUGUGUCACUUGCACCGAUGCAGGUGUCUGGGCCUCGACCGGGUAUGCUGAGAAGGCGUUCUCCCUUUACGGUGGUACCCCGAUCAAGGGCUUGCACUCGCAUGAAGGUGGCCUGCGCCUCAUCUUGAACAGUCUGGCAAUGUCCGCUGCCAAAUACGGAAUUGCAAUUGAGCCACUGCUCUCGCUCUCGAUCGAUUUCUACGCCCGUGUGUUCGUGCGGGUGUCUCGUUCCCCAGCACAAGUCAAGUUCACUGCCAGCAACUCAAUGCUUGUAUACAAUUGUGAUGCUGGAUGCGGUGCAUGGACGCUUCAGCCCCUCGCUGCCUGCAACGAAAAGCUUGAUCGCAAGGGAAACCCCCUGUAUCACUAUAAGCUGGCCCAGGGCCCGAGGGCCAAUACUUACUGUGAGCACUGCGGCUUCAAGACACAUCUUGCAGGUCCGAUGUGGGCUGGCCCUCUUCAUAACCCUCACUUCAUUCAGCGGAUUUUGGACAUUCUUCCCACUUUGGACCCGGAGACGUAUCAGACUAUUCCUCGUAUUGAGGGCAUGCUUACCACCGCCAUGGAAGAGGACCUCGACCUCAGUCCCUCCUUCACCCAGUCCUCAGAUAAGCAGCAACAAGACUCCGAAACCGAGACAGCCAAAUCUAACGCCAACGAACAAAAUGACUACCCGGCUAUCAUCCCACGUACGAGCCCGGCUCUCCAUGAGCCGUACCCCUUCUACUUCUCUCUAAGCGCUCUCUCAAAGGUCCUCCAUUGCGCGACCGUCCCACAGGACGAAUUCCGAGGUGCUCUUCGCUCAGUCGGGUACCGCUCUACCCGUAGCCACGCCAAACCAAACUCCAUCCGCACCGACGCCCCCUGGAGCGUCGUCUGGGAAAUCAUGCGUGAAUGGGUCCGCCAACACUCUCCCGUGAAGGAGACCUCCCUGAAGCCCGGUACCGCCGGCGCCGCUAUCAUGGCUAAGAGCCGUGACAACCUGCGCAAGGGCAGCAGCGAAGACCCCUGGCUAGCGCAGUUGAAGAAUGACCUCCUUGCAGCCGUUGAGUCUGGAAAGGACAUCAGCGAUCUGGUCACCAAGGUCGAAGCCUCUCUGUACAGAUCUGGAUCUCGGCAGUCCUUCGUGACUCAAGCACAAACUGCCGAUGCGCAGGAGAAGCCUACCCAGAAGCAGCCUGUCGAUGUUCAGAAGAAGCCUGCCAGUGAUGGCCCAGCCGCGCAGGCACACCCCAGCACGCUGGAGGUGAAAUUUGAUGCUGCACUUGGUCGAGAGGCAUCAGCCGCACACUCGAAGAAGCGUCUCGUGCGGUAUCAGCUCAAUCCCCGUGCGAACUGGGGACCGUUGAAUCGGGCGGCAGCGAACUCGAAGUGA